CCAUACCACAUGUUCUUCCCAGUUUUUCCUUGUGCUAAGACUUUGCAGUUUCACUCAACCUUUUGUUUAAAUCUUGCUUAAGAUCUCAGUCAUCUUCUUAUAUUGUCAUGUUCUUCUUUCUUUUUGCUUCGCUUUGAACCCCUUUUUUGUUCUUGCAUUUGAUGUUCGUCUGAUUCUUUGGAGUAUUUUUGUUUUUGUUAAUCCUGUCAGAUGGAUGAUAAUAGGGAAAAUGCAUCUUGAGAUUCAGAUUUAGUCAUCAUAUCUACAGAGAUUAGUUUUGUGUUGUUGCUCUUUUGUUUUUUAUUCAGAGCAACAAACAUGUCCAUGGGAGAUGAGAAACAGUGUUGUGAGAUGAGGAACAAAAUGAUGUUAUUCGGUUUGCUGAUUAGGAGAAUCUUUGAUGAAGAGAGGGGUAAGCUUCUUCGGAGGCUUGAGGAUGCCAACUGUGAGAUUACAGAGUUGAAGAAAGUGAGAAAAGAAGAUGCUAAAGCUAACGAGAAGGUAGUAAGCAUAAUCGCGUCUCAGAAACAGAACUGGUUAAAGGACAAGUACAGACUAAGGCUGCAGGUUGAAGCUCUGAUGAGGGAACUCAGGAACAUGGAGAAGAGGAAGAGACAAAGCUUGUCUGAGUUGCAAGAAAGGUUAAAAGAAAAGGAUGGUUUAGUGCAAUCCAAAGAUAAAGAAAUGGAGGAAGAGAAGCUUAAGUGCCAAGAGUUAGAAGAAAAACUGAUCAAGGUAGAGAAAGAAAAUCAAGAUCUGAGGGAAAUGAAAGAGAGAGAUGUGCAAGAACAUUCCUCUGAGCUAUGGAGGCAAAAGAAGACAUUCCUUGAGCUUGCUUCUAGCCAGAGACAACUCGAAGCUGAACUGAGUCGUGCAAAUAAGCAAAUCGAUGCUAAGAGACAUGAACUUGAAGACUUGUCAUUAGAAAUCGUUAAGAUGAGGAAAGAUUUGGAAGCAAAAGAUCGAAUAUUGGCAGUGAUGUUGAAGAAGUCAAAACUAGGUAUAAACGAGAUGCAUACGUUGCUUAUGGAGGCUAAAACGAAGCAAGAUGAAGAUGAAGCAAAGAGUUGGAGAUCAAAUUCAAAGUCAAGAAGGUCACUAAGAAGCAUGUUUGCUUUCGAAACCACAAGUAAGCCUAAAACAAACAGUGUUAGUUCGGUUACUCACAUUGAUGAACAUGUGGAAUGGAAUAAAGAUCCUGAUGUCGUACCAGAGAUCAUGGAUUCCUACUCUACUGACAGUUUUUGUGAACUUGGAGUCAAUGGAAUUCCAAAGAAGCGUGAGAAUAUGAGUUUUGGUGAGGAAGAUUUUUGUAUUAGAGUGAUAGGGAAGAAGCAAGAGAUGGAGCUAGGAGUUUUGGCAGAGCAUGUGAAACUAAAAGAUGAAAAGAUUGAGGCUUUGUGUUUGCAUCUGAUGAACGCUGAGUUAGAAUCAAAGAAGGAAGGCCUAGUAAGUCAAAGAAGGGAAGAAUCAGUUGCCCUAAGGAAACAACAGCUCAAAAGCUUGACGUCCCACAAGAACAAUACGAGGUUUGGAAGAAAGAACACAAAAGCAGAAGCACUAGAAAGAGUAUUUGAAGGUUCAAAGGAAAAUGUGACCGAGAAAGGAAGGGAAUCAUACUCUCCUGAUGAACUGAGACAUUUAACUUUGAAAGCUGCUCAAUCUGAUGCUGAAGAAGAAUCUGAAAAGGAAACUCUCUUACCAAUGAAUGAUGAGUUUACCAAAAGAGAAAAAGCAGAUGGUAAGGAAAGUGAGAGCAGCCAGCCAUCAAGCACAAACAAUUCACCUUGGAGAAUGGAUCUUCAUGCUCUUGGAGUCUCAUUCAAGAUCAAAAGGCUUAGACAACAGCUGAUGAUGCUUGAAAGAUAUAUCGGGAAACAAGAGAGUCAAGAGAUUGACAAGAGCAGCAGCAGUGAUACCGGGAAAAGAGCUUUGUUAUUGCUCAUUACACUGCUCAACAAACAAGUUACUAGGUAUCAAUCACUUCAAGAGAAAAUUGAUGGUAUCUGCAAACGAAUGCAUGUGAAUGACACAGAAAAGACAUCAUUAGAGCAUUUCUUAGAUGAGACAUUUCAGCUGCAAAGAUACAUAGUGGCAACAGGACAGAAACUAAUGGAAAUCCAGUCCAAGAUCACUUCUGAGUUUGUGGAAGUUCUAGUAGGCUUCAUCAUUACAGAGUCAUCCUCUACCAGUAGCAGCUUUGAUCCAGAACGUUUUGUAGAAAGCAUUAGAAGUCUGUUUCAGGAAGUGCAGAGAGGGCUUGAGGUUAGAAUAUCUCGAAUCAUAGGUGAUCUUGGAGGGACACUAGCUCGUGAGGGAAUGAUACAUUUGAAGCGACGGGACGACGGUGUUCAAGGACUAUGAGUAUCUACUACAUGUAAAUGUUCUUACAGUUCCUCUUCAGCUCUUCUUAAGGUUAAUGAAAACCGUUAAGGUUUUGUAUAUAGAAAUUCACUUAUAUAUACAGGGAUAAUUGGCUCUGUGUUUGAACUCUCCCCAAAUGAUUCGUUUUUCAGCUUUAGUCUCAAUUAAGAUAUAGGUAAAAAAUAACAUUGUUUAUUCGAUAAACGUGUAUGUUCUUACAUCAUAUUGU